CGACGACGCUUGGCUGGCUCGGUGAUUCUUCCGUUUCUUACUUUUUCUGGUAGCCUGUGGUGCAAAAAGGGCCGGGCUAUCUCUUUUUUCUCUCCGUUCGCUUCAUAAACUCUAUUGUUUGCUUUCUUUUCCCCCUUCUUGCACCUUUUCUUUUUCUUCCAUAUCCUUUUAUUUGCUUGCAUCCUUUUCUCCUCUGCGGCUAUCUCCUACAUCGGCCGCGGCAGCAACAACGCGGCCAGUUGCAACGACCCUAGGGCUGCAUCUUUUGCUACGCCAGCAAACUUACAAGUCCUCCACCACCACCACCUUGCGCAUCUCGCCAGGGCCUGACACCUGGCCCUGUCCGCUGGCACUGACGCACCAGCACCGCCAAAAACCACCAGCAACGCAGCCUGACCCGGCCUAAAAUCUUUACCACCACCUCUCUGCAGCCCUUUCCACCCUCCAGGCUUCCCUGCCCCUCGCGCUGGCGCGUUCUCCCCCCUAACCCUUGCCCAUUACAACAUCCUGCAUGGGCCAAGGGGGCGUGAGUGUUUCGUUAGACGCUGAGCCUCUCGACUUAGCUCCCCUUCUCAGCACGGAACGCUCUCUUGUAAUUGCGGCCUCCUUAGCCGCCUGGUCACGGCCUCCUGCUGCUCCUACUUCUGCUAGUCUUCUUCUCACCUCUUCUCUGGCCGUUAUUUGUUAUGAAUCGGGCUUGGUCGAGCUGCAGAUAAUGCGCCAUUCGUUUCACUUUGCAGCCUAUCCGCUUAUAAUAGUGUCCCUAACCCCCUCCUAAACUCGCCUUCUGUUACUACUACUACUACCAAACUCCCAAUCUCGUCGUCAUCACAUCUCACAUUCUUACAUUUCUUCAGAAUUUGUUCUGCCCUCAGCAUUUGGGACUACUUACUACAGAAUCUCAGUCGAUACACACCGCAAUCUUUGUGCCCUUGCACCCGCCACGCCUUGUUAUUACCCGAGGCUGCAGCUAUAUCAUCACGAGCACACCCCAGCUGUCUCCAGUGCAAAGCAUCCCGUCGGGAAUGCAACGCGCGUGCUCACUCACCUGAGCCUUUCUUCAGCACGAUACACCAGCCUUCUUGCUGUAGAGUACAGCCCUGCUAUCAGCCCACCGGAACCCUGCUACCGUUCGACGCUUUUAUUGCUACCACUCUGCAUCAACUACAACGCCUGGAAAGCCCCAAAGAAGAUCGCCCUCCUACUCCUCGGCAACUGCACGCACCCUCCGUGCUGCCCCAAAGACUCACCACCCGUUGUGCCCUUGUCCGCCUUGCUCUCAAGCCCCACGACAGGUAACAGACCAACCAACGGCGUCUCGGAUCAGGUACACACCAUUGCCUUUUUCUCUUGUCAGAGCCCCCACCUCGCCCCUCAAAUCCAGCGCCUGCCGUGCUGGUGGACAGCCUGCUCUAGCAUUUUUUUAGAACCACUCGCCAAGCUGUCGACUUCGACUGGAACCCGGCCCUGGUUGACUCUUAAAGUCGCCGGGCCGUCAAUUCUGCACCACCCCAACACUGACAGUGGGGGCGACAACCAACGAUUUAGAAACAACUCAGGGAAGCAGUUAUCGACUCUUGCCCCAAUGGCGGAUUCAGAUACAAUAGAUCCCAAUCCAGCUACUGGCUCUCAGGUGCUCAGUCAGGGAUUUUGGGAGUUCAAUCGCUUUUAUGGCUCAUGGAGACCGGGAAAGUAUAUGUUUCCGAUUGACGAGGAGGAAACUAACCGCAUGGAUAUAUUCCAUAAGGUUUUUAUGGUGGUGCGAAACGAUAGACUAUAUACAUAUCCUCCUCAUCCGACUGCUCAAGCUCCGCGUAUUAUGGAUUUGGGAACUGGAACCGGAAUCUGGGCAAUAAAUGUCGCUGAAGACUUUCUACCGAAUUCCCAUAUCAUGGCAAUCGACCUGAAUCAAAUACAACCCCCCAUGAUCCCUAGGAACGUCAUUAUAAAGCAAUACGAUCUUGAGGAUGCAAUUUGGGAGGGUCUUCUCAAAGACUGCCACAUUAUACACAUGAGGAUGCUUCUCGGCUCCAUUCAAACAGAUCUCUGGAGCCAAGUAUACAAAAACAUUUUACAGCAUUUGGUACCUCUUGAGGGGUACUUUGAGCAAGUUGAACUGGACUGGGUCCCGCGUUGGGAUGGGCAGGAUAUACCUCAGAACUCUGCUUUGGCUCGCUGGUCAGAUUGUUUCCUUCAAGGUCUGGAUAACGCCAAUCGCAGUGCUCGGAUAUCAUCGGACGAUCGCAAACGCCUUCUAGAGGACGCAGGGUUUGUGGAUGUGCGAGAGCAGGUAAUACGGUGUAACAUCAGUCCGUGGACUACAAUCCCUCAUGAAAACGAGAAGGCCCAAUGGCUGAAUCUUGGAUUUGGGCUUGCUAUGAACGCCCUGUCAUUUGGACCUAUGAUCAAACAGCUGGGUAUGAGAAUGGAUCAGGUAAUAGAGCUCAACACUGCCGCUAUCACCGAAAGCCGCCAGCUUCGGUACCAUGCAUACUAUAACAUACACAUAUGGACAGCUCGUCGUCCACCUUCAUAGUACGAACGUACUCGGCUCCCGGAAUAACAGUAUCAGGGGCAUGUAGCCUAUUACAAUGGAAGAGGCAAUUAUUAAUAAAAGCAUAUGAUUACGAUGAAGCAUGGCAAUAGUUUUGUCAAGCAUACGACAUAAUAGAAGCAAGCAAUUGGGAACGGAGUUUGAUGCUGGGUACUCUUUCAGCUUUUUUUACGCCAUGACCCACGAUACUCUACUAUAGAACUUACGAUUAAAUGUUUUCUUUAUCCGUUUUCCAGCCAACGAGCAAGGCUGAGACCGCGGCAAAGACUUUGGCACCGUAUGGCAGAGCAACCAGCAGGAAGGUUUGGGACCCUGUGGAAUCCAGAUUCAUCCCUUGUCCAGGUUUGAUUACAAGCUAGCAAAAACUUGAAACAGACGCUUGCGGAGUGGAUGCAGGAGCUAGUCUACCAUUGGGUGGUUGGUGCCAACAGGAGGCAUGCGUGGCCUGUAAUUGGCUGGACUGGAAUCGGGCGAACCAAACUGUCGGGUCCGCGUUGGCUGGCUGCAAACUACACAUCACAUGGGGCGCCAAAACGGCACAAAACGUGGAGAGAAGAAAUCGGAAGAAAUCCUGUAUAAAUGGAGGGUGAUUAAAUAUGUAGAAAUAACCAUUUAAAUUGGUUAUAAAUACCGAUUUUGUCAUGUU